GAGGCGCUCUGCGUCGGACGCUACGUCUCGGUGAAGGUGCAUCACUGUCCUGCAGAGUCUCUGCACAGGAGCGCUGUAAUGUUUGGUUCACCGGAGAAUUACCGGAUAAACAUCGUUUCAAAAAUGGUACAUGGUAUAUCCUCGUAAGACUCGGCGAAAUGAUGCGCAUUUUGUCACAGGACCGAGGGUCUGAUUUGAGGCGCCUUUGUGUCCACGAUGUGCCAUGUGCCAUUACGCAUAGAUUAGAUGGACUAAUCUGGAUUACCGUCAGCACCGCCUGGCGAUAACUGCCGCACUGUCUGUCAAGUCUGCUGUCAGCAUGUUGUACAGUGAGUUUAACACGAGGCUCAGGAGAAGAUAAGGGACAUUUUUAAGGAAAAUCCACCUUGAAGUCAAAUUGAGGAAGACCCAUGUUGCCCCCUGAAUAAACUGAAGGGAGCACUAGAAAGUGAACCUGCUGAAAGAGAAAUUACAUAAACAGAAAACCAAAGAGUGCAAGAACAGCAAGUUUCUCGGAGAAGGAAACGCACACUGGAAGUUCUGUCUGACCUUUGGGUGACCUGGACAGACGAGGUGAAUCAUGCAGGGCUGCGAGGUUGGGACCAGGGUGCGCUACUGGCUGACUCUGGCCUCGGGGAUGCUGGAGUGUCUGUGCUUUGCUGGUGUGGUGUUUGGUUACGCCUCUCUGGUGUUUGUGCUGAAGGAAGAUGGAUACUUUGGCGAGCUGUGCAUCAACCACCCAAGUAUUAACAGCAGCACCACGAACAACACAGACUGUAGUAGGCAGGAUGAGCAGUUUUCACUGGUCUUCACCAUUGCCUCGUUCCUCAACAACUUCCUGAAUCUCAUCAAUGGCUUCCUGUUUGAUCGCUUUGGCACCAUGGUGACGAGGCUGCUGGCAAUAUCCUGUUACACAACUGGAACCCUUCUUGUGGCCUUUUCCAGUGCAGCUUCCGCUCUGCUGCUUUUCCCUGCCUUGUCCUGCAUUGCUGUUGGAGGACUAGUGCUCCUUCUAACGAACAUGCAGGUGGGCAACCUCUUUGCUGCACAUCGUUUCACCAUCAUCACCCUCUACAACGGUGCCUUCGACUCCUCCUCAGCUGUGUUUCUCAUCGUCAAGGUUCUGUACGAGCAGGGAAUCUCUCUUCGCUCUUCCUUCCUCUUCUUGUCCAUCUCUAGCGUCAUUCAUGUAUUAAGAACUUUCCUGCUCAUGCCGAGAACCCACAUCCCUUAUCUUCUGCCUCAGUGCUACACCUAUGGAGUGCACUGUGGAAAAGCCAACACUUACAACGUGGAGCAGGUUGAGAAGCUGGGAGCUGGAGCUAUGAUGGUUUCACAGGAGACACCGACACCUGAGGACAGCACAGAGACCAAAGACACAGAAAAAGUGACGAGUUUCUGGAGCUGUGUCUUGUCCUGGUUCUUCCUGUGGCACCUGCUCUGGUUGUCCAUAAUGCAGCUGAGACACUAUCUGUUCAUCGGGACGCUCAACCCCAAACUCAACCGGCUGGCCGAUAGUGACCCCCAGCUGGUAAGUCAGUACACCAAUGCUUUCGCCGUGACCCAGCUGUUUGGGGUUCUGUGUGCUCCCUGGAACGGACUCAUCAUGGACAGACACAAGGGGAAACCUCUGGCUGCUGGAGAAACCGAGCAGGAGGCCGACCUGCGCUCUUCCUGCCUGUCUCUGUUCCUGACGUCGCUGCAGUGCCUCCUCUUUUCUGUUUGCGCCUCCAUCCCUGUCCUCCCGCUGCAGUACCUCACCUUCAUCCUGCAGGUCCUCAAUCGCUCCUUCCUCUACGGGGGGAACGCAGCCUUCAUCAGCAUCGCUUUUCCAUCCUGUCACUUUGGGAAGCUUUACGGUCUGGUGAUGUCUCUCUCGGCUAUCAUCUCCCUGCUGCAAUAUCCCUGUUUCGCCCUGGUCGAAGGAGCUCUGGAUGGAAACCACUUUUAUGUGGACAUCGCUCUCACUCUCCUCACUCUGCUGGUCUUUAUUCAUCCCGUCUACAUCUUCAUCCACUGCAGGAAAGAAGCCAGCAGGAGGAAGAACAACACUCAGGCCAGUCACCCAUGACUCCAGAACGAAAACUACAGAGACUUUGUUCACGCAAAAGUUUUAGUUUGCAUCACAUGAUUAGUUUUACAUUUCAUUUCAUCUAUUUCAUUUUACAUUUAAUUUGAAAUUCUGUUCAAACUGUUAAUCUUCAUUGUUUUUAACUAGAAACUACAAAGGACAAUGUAUUUUUAAAAAUGUUUUUACCAGGGCUGGGACUUUAACACGUUAAUUAUGAUUAAUUAAAAUAAGGCGUUAAAAAAAUAACGCAUUUAAUCACA